AUGAAUUAUAAUAUACAUCCAGUUUCAUAUUUAAAUGCGAACCAAUAUAAUCAACAUAAUAAUGGUAAUAAUCAACAAUCAUCACAACAACAGCAACAACAAUCAUUACAUCCACAUCGUCAACAACAACAUACAUCAUUAGCUGCACAACAAAGAGGUCAAGGAGGACAAUCUCAUACUAGUAGUGUAAUUAAAAAAUCACCAUCAGCUGAUUUAGAAAUUGAUAAUGUUACUUCACCAUCUUCAAUAACUUCAUCACAUUCUCCAAGAACUAAUAAUGUUAAUGGAUCACCUCAUUCUUCUUUUACUUCACAUUCAUUAGCUAAUUCCCCAAUUGAUACAACUAAGAAUAAAUUACCACCUUCGAUAACUCAAGUUGAAAAUGUAAAUGAAUCAAAUAAUAAUACAAAUACUGCCACUCAAUCACAUCAACAACAUCAGCAAAAACAACCUCAAUUAAGUGUUCCACCAGCUGUUUCACAACAACCAACCCAAUUACAUCCAAGUUUAAACCAUAUUUACAAUAAUCAUUCAUAUUAUCAACCACAAGCUCCAAUUUCAAAAUAUCAGCAACAACCAACUGCCUAUCAAGAAUUAACAAAUGAUCAUUUCCAUCAAAGUUAUUUAGGAUCUACUGGUGUUCAUUUACCAGGUCAUUUACAACAACUGAUACAACAUCAACACCAACAACAGCAGCAACAAGAUCCUUCUUCAUCAGCUUUAAAUGCUUAUUCCAAUCAAAAACCAGCUAAAAAAACAUAUAAAAAGAUUAGAGAAGAAGAUUUAAGAGGUCCUUUCAAAUGUUUAUGGGGUGAUUGUAAUAUAAUUUUUGAUACUCCAGAAAUUUUAUAUGAUCAUUUAUGUGAUGAUCAUGUUGGUAGAAAAUCUUCAAAUAAUUUAAGUUUAACUUGUUAUUGGGAAAAAUGUGGUACAACUACUGUUAAAAGAGAUCAUAUUACAUCUCAUUUAAGAGUUCAUGUUCCUUUAAAACCUUUCCAUUGUGAUAUAUGUCCAAAAUCUUUUAAAAGACCUCAAGAUUUGAAAAAACAUUCUAAAAUUCAUGCAGAUGAUAACCCUAAAAAAUUAAAGAAAGCUCAAAAGCAAUUAUUAAAACAACAACAAAAAGAAGCAAAACAAAGACAAAAAUUAACUAAAAAUCAUAGUGAAUUAUCUUAUUAUAACGGUAUUGAAAAUGAAUCAAGAAAAAGAGGUUUAGAUCAUAAUUCUCAUAAUGCUUAUGUUGUUAAUAGUAUAUUGAAUGAUUUUAAUUUCCAACCAAUGUCUCAUGCUAAUGGUUAUCAACAACAACAACACCAAGCUAUACAAUCUGAUGCUAAAAGAAUGAAACCAAACUCUGAAUAUAAUAUGGAUAUGUUCAAUAGAUUGAAUCAUUUAGAUGAUCAAUUACACCAUCAUCAACCACAACAAACACAACAACCACUUCAUUAUCAUCCAACAUAUACAAAUUCAGCUAAUAAUUCUAAUAUAUAUGAAGCUGAAAAAUUCUUUAAUUCUUUAUCAAAUUCAAUUGAUAUGCAAUAUCAAAACUUAUCUUCACAAUAUCAUCAUCAACAUCAACAUCAACAUCAAACUCAACAACCAACAGCACCACAACAACAACAACAACAUUCAUCUACAUCGAAUUCAACUUCAUCAUCAUUAUAUCCAUCAUUACCUACAUUAUCAAAUACUACUGGUAGUUCAAUAUCAAAAGAUAUAUUGGGUACUUCAACAACUGGUUCAACUACUACUGGUCAUUCAAGUUAUUUAUCAUCUUAUCCACAAAUUAAUAGACCAAUUGGUUAUAAUUUAUCUUAUGGUUCACAACAAUCACAUGCAGGUAUGGAAUAUAACGGUGUUUCAGUAUAUCAAAAGACUGGUCAAAAACUAAAUGAAGAUGAUGAAGAAGAAAAUGAAGAAGAAGAAGAAGAAGAAGAAGAAGAUGUUACAUCAGAAUCAGAAUCAGAAUCAGAAUCAGAAUUAUCCUCAUCAGAAGAAGAAGAAGAAGAAAUUGAUUUCUUAUUCAAUAACUUAACAAUAAAAGAUUCACAAAUUGAAAAAGAAGAAGAUAUUAUAAUAAAUGGUUAUAAUUUAAAAGAUGUGUUAAAACAUAAAGAAAUGAUUUCAUAUAUUUUAUUAGUAUUAAAAGAAGAACAAUUAAAGUUAGAAAAAAAUAAUAAUAAUACUAAAGAAAUUAAUGAACUUAAUGAUAAUGAUGUAAAUGAAAAUAAAAUUGGUGGUGAAUCUAAAUUAUAUCCUACUAUAACUGCUUUUUAG